AUGGCUUCCUACUACUUCGAUGACUCAAUCGGCUUUUUCUUUGAAUCAAACACCAGCGCAACCAGGCAGCAGUGCGACGAUUUCGCUCGUGCUCAUGCUGAAGGACAACUGAGGCCUGUGCAGAUACAAGGAACAUUUAGUUACACGGUUGCCGUGGGGACUACCAAAAUCUUCCAGUUUCGAACACUUGAUUCCAGCUUUGACAUGCAUGUCAUGAGUCUGGCCAAGGCAAUUCAUCCACAAUUCGUCGCCAGCUGCAAGUAUCAUGGCAUUAUCGGCCAAUCCCGGCCGCUUCACAUCUACGAGAUGGAUCAUCUUCCCGGAAUGGCUUACAUCGUAUCGCGCAAUAUCGCCGCCGUGCAGCCUCCCGACGCUGUGUUUCGACAACACAACACCGUGGAAGACCUAGCUAGCUUUUUCGCGCAGUCAUGGAAUAGCAAUCAUCAAUUAGAUCCGCGCGAUACUGCGACUCUGCUCAUGGAGUUUCAAUCCAAGUUUGACCUUCUUGCUCAAUCCUUGCCGUCUCGAUUUGCCUCGAGCCUAAGGGAGGUUCGCCGAAGCCUGCCAUCACUCUUCUCAGGGAUGCUACCUUUUGUCCUUAAUCAUGAGGAUCUGUGCGAGAUGAAUAUCUUGAUAAACUCUAAAACGGGUCAUAUGACGGGAAUUGUUGAUUGGGCUGAAGCGAGAAUUCUUCCGUUUGGCUUUGCCUUGUGGAGUCUUGAGAAUAUUCUUGGCUACAUGGAUUCCACAGGAUGGCAUUACUAUGAUAACCGCCAUGAACUUGAAGGCCAUUUUUGGCAGACUUUCCGGGCAAAGGUUUCCAAUAUAUCAGAAGUCGACAUGCACCUCAUUCGGCGUGCAAGAAUGACGGGCCUGUUCUGUCGAUAUGGCUUUGUUGUGGAAGGCAAGAUUUUGAAGGGCGUGAUAGAUCCAACGACUUCAUCGUCUCUCGUGUAUCUGGACGCAUUUUGCACGAAUGGUAUCUAA